GUUGACUGGUGCUCCUGUUGCCGUUGCGGUGUUUUUGUGAUGAUUUUUUUUAAAACACAAAAAUUUUGACCUCGUCCAGCUCAGUCUACUGACAACGGUCGGUCGGUACGCAUGUGCCUUAGAUCUUUCAACCGAAAUACGAAACGAAUAUAGAAAAGUAACAGUCGUCCUUCCUCCCGACGGUACGAGUGGUGUGAAGUUUCAUUUAAAGUGCGCAGAGCCGAUAUUUGGUUUGUACGAUUCGUUUUAGUAUCAGUCCAACAGUGAACGUAGAAAAUCUCAUGUUAUAUUAAGAAAGAGACAAAGUGAAUUCCGAAUAUUAUAAUCCGUCGAAGAUACUCCAGUGUGGUGAAAGUGAAAAAACUUCAAAAAUUGCGCACGAACUUGAGUUAUGGACCAUAAUCAGGUGACGGAGGCCUCGCUCGAGAUAUGGCGCACACUACCGGCCGCGAUCCGGCAGGACCCCAGUCUGGCCUCGUUCCGGCAGGAGCACGAGCGAUUGCACGGUCCCGAUGACGAUCCGCUGCCGAACGAUGACGGUUCGGCAGACGACGGCGAUGACAAUAGUAAGGAGUUUAUCACAAUCAAGGUCACAAACCCCAGCCAGAAUGGUGACGGAACGGACAGUGUCAGUGGUAAACUGACGGCGACGACGACAGCGACGGCCACCCCUUCACCCCGCCCUAGCAACAAACACCACCAGAAUGGAGAGAAACACGGUGGCCACAAUACGACCAUGGACGGAGGCGAACCGGACGAGCACGAGGUCACCAUGCAGAGUAUGCACGGUCACGCGCAUCCCCAACAAGGGAAGGUGUUUGGCUACGUCAAGAUCUCCAUACUGUUGGUUGUGUGGCUCAUCUUUACCGGGUUUCUGAUGUCUAAGAACGAGAAGGAACUGGAACCACGUCAAAUGUCCAUCCCUGAGGGAAGAAUCAGAACGUAUAUUCUACCAGACACACCCCCUGGAUCAAGGGUAGGAAUCUACCUCAAAGGUGCCUUUCUCAACGACCAACAGCACAAUAUGACGAGCAAUUACGUCUCAGUGAAUCUGCAACUGCUCUAUACCCAUAGCAAUAGCUCUAACCUCACGUACAUCCAAGAGCAUGAUGUUAAGCAUGUCGAGAACAUUACCGAUGCCUGGUUAAUACCGAUGCCAAUGGAUCCCGACCAGAUAGAUCGGAUGGAGGAGAUCACGCGAAAACACGUAUUCGACAUCGGCACCGCGAAUCAUAAAAAGGUUAACAACGGGAAGGCGGUCAUUCGUGUGCACCUGUCGAGCAACGUGGAAGCCGACGUUCCCGCUCUAUUCACCUACGAUUCGACACCCAUCGACAAGGAAACGGGCGUCAUCUAUGCUGCGAUAGUACUGCUAGGACUGUACGUUCUCAUUAUUUGGGAAAUAGUGAACCGUACCUUUGCAGCCAUGCUGGCUUCCACGUUGGCGAUCGGUGUGCUCGCGGCUCUCGACCAAAGGCCCAGUAUGCCAAAGUUGAUCUCGUGGAUUGACGUGGAAACUUUGCUCCUGCUGUUCGGAAUGAUGAUCAUGGUCGCGAUCCUCUCGGAGACCGGUAUCUUUGACUUUUUGGCAGUAUAUGCCUACCAAGUGACUAACGGUAGGGUAUGGCCGCUGAUCAAUUGUUUGUGUAUUUUCACGGCCGUACUAUCGUCCUUCCUGGAUAACGUUACUACCGUACUUCUAAUGACACCGGUCACGAUACGAUUAUGCGAAGUAAUGGAACUAAAUCCAGUGCCGGUGCUGAUGUCGAUGGUGAUCUACUCGAACGUCGGAGGCACACUGACACCGGUUGGUGAUCCACCAAAUGUCAUCAUUGCCUCCAACAGUCACAUUGCGAAGAAUGGAGUCAAUUUCGCCACUUUCACACUGCACAUGGCAAUCCCCAUCGCGAUCGUCAUGGUGACCACAUACUUCCAGCUGCGCAUGAAGUUCAAAACGAUCAGUGAUCUGCGGUUCAGCGAACCUCAGGACGUUCAGGAAAUCCGUCACGAAAUCGCCGUCUGGCAACGUGCAGCCGCGUCGCUAUCGUCCUAUUCCAAGGACGAAGAUCUGGUACGCGAAACGCUGCUCAAAAAGGUAAACAAGUUGUCCCGAUCACUGAAGAAGAAACUAGUCAGCGGUUCGGUGCCGGUCGAGUACAAAGCCACGCUGGAGGAACUCAAGACCAAGUACCCGAUCAGAAACAAGGUGUUGCUGGUGAAGUCCGCAGUUACACUGGCCUUCGUCAUCACAUUCUUCUUCUUGCAUUCGGCACCAGAUAUACAGAAGCUGUCUCUCGGUUGGACCGCCCUGCUGGGAGCCGUACUGCUUCUAAUUCUUGCCGAUAGGGAAGACAUCGAAUCGGUGAUUGCCCGCGUCGAGUGGUCCACCCUGCUGUUCUUUGCUGCCUUAUUCAUCCUGAUGGAAACGCUCGCCGAGCUCGGGCUGAUCGAAUGGAUCGGAAAGCAGACGGAGAAUGUUAUUAUGUCCGUAUCGGAAGAAUCUCGCUUAGCUGUUGCCUUAUUACUCAUUCUCUGGGUUUCUGCCUUGGCUUCUGCCUUCGUCGACAACAUCCCGCUGACGACGAUGAUGGUCAAGAUCGCAAUCGGCCUAGCCGAGAACGAAACUCUGGGUCUGCCCCUUCAACCACUGGUUUGGGCACUCGCAUUAGGAGCCUGCUUGGGAGGAAACGGUACUUUGAUCGGUGCCUCCGCCAACGUAGUGUGUGCCGGUGUUGCUGAGCAGCACGGUUACAGAUUUACAUUCAUAGAAUAUUUCAAGGUCGGUUUCCCAGUAAUGAUCGGCAGCAUAAUCGUGUCGACCGUGUAUCUUCUGUUUGCCCACGUUGUCUUUACCUGGCAUUGAUCCGCUAGGUAACAGAAUCUUCACUGUAAUCGAAUCCUCGUGCGCUGCCAUAAUUAAUCGAAGGUCGUCGUUCGAGGUCUUUUGGAGCAUAUCGGCGAAAUUAAAUUACACAACACAGAGAAGAUUCCGCACGAAAGUUUCCCAGAGCACCAGACCGUGCGCGACUGGAAUGAAUGAAACAAAUGAUGUGAUAUCCUUCCGAAAUCCCAAUCAGCUGUUUAGAAUUAACUCUACUGUAUAGAUUACUGAUCAUUAGCGAAUUAGGAACAAACAGCAGACUACGGCGCACACAUAACUAAGAGCUAGCCGAACUCUCCGCCAAGCGGACAAUUUGUCAAUUUCAACCGUAUGAUUGAACCCUCCCUACCGAAAACUAAACAAAAUUACGCUAAGAUGCCCGAGAAGACUUGGCACAUCAUAGUGAGUGUCAAACGAGUGUCAGGUCCCCGCAAUAUGCAUAGGAACACACCACCAUUAUCGACCCAAGGUCCUUCUCAACCGUUUUAAAUCUUUUUUUUUGUUUCGCUGCUCGUUAACUCAUUAGAUCACUUGUUCGUUACAAACUAGUUGCUAAUUAAUCAUUUUGUUUUGUUUUGUAUAGAGUAUUUACAAACUAAAGUGUUAAAACUAGAUACGUAGUAUCUCUACUAAAUUAUAUAUUUGAGUUAGUUAGUUCAAAAUAGCUAGAAAAUUAGCUGAUUACAAAUACAACUGUAUCAUAAAUAUAUUAUUUAAUAAAAGAAAAUUUAAAAAUAAAGAAAAGUGAAACGACAUUCCAAAAAAAUGAAACUAAAAGGAAAGUAAAAAAAUGUCUGAAAGCAUGCGAAUGGCGUGUGCAUUGAAGAAUACAGAGAAACCGUCACAUUUAUGAUUGGGGUAUAUUAAAAGAAAUCAAAUAUACUGUUGGCAGCGAAUAAGAGGCGAUAUUCAACGCAACUGCAAUUGUGAGCGAAACACUCAUCACGAAUGAUGUUAAUAGUCAAAGAAUAAUAAAUUAAAUCUAGUGCUAAAACUGAACAAACUAGUGUUAUUCAAAAGGAUUACUGUUUAAAUUUAAAUUAGCCUUGCGCAAUGAUUCAUAUUUAAGUAGAAAAAGUUCGUUUAGAUUACGUUUCGGGCCUGGUUACCAGUUUUGCCGCAACUGAACACAUCAGAACAACAGCGGGCGGAAUGGAUCAAAGUGGCAUCCGGUGUUGAAGAGAGAAGGGAACAACAAAUCGAAUUUAAGCUCGUGGCCAUAGACCCACACUAAAACUCAAUAAGAAAAGACGUUGAUGAGAUGAAGAAGUUUUUGUGAAGUUCUUACGUCGUUACAUAAGUCGAAUCAUCAGUGAUGAUUCAUCACACGAAAAUAGUAAAACAAUACAAGGAAUGAUAAUAUGUCACGACCACGAGUUGUGACAAUUGAAGAAACAACAUGGAAGCAUAACGGAAUGAAUGAUGUUUGGAAAUGUGUAUCUGAAUCAAUGCAAAAUAAUAAAAAAAAGGUGUUAAUAAUAUGCAUUUAAA